UUGACCGAGAGGAGCGAGAGGAAGCUCGGAGCGCUGCAGCCCCGCCCGCUGCGGACCCGCUCGAUAGCUCGCUCUCUCUCAGUGUGGGCGACAGAGCGAUCUGCGGUCGUUCCCGUGGUGCGGAACCGAGCCACGGAGAGGUGACAGUGGGGGAAGAACUGAGCGGAGAAGGAGCGGGAGCGGUGGAGUGAUCGGCGGAGAGGGGCCGACGUGUUUGCAACGCAGCUACCGAGAUGUGCGCGGCGGGGAGGCGCUGGGGCCGGCGGCAGCGAGCUCUGCUCUGGGUGAUGCUGCUGGCGGCGUGGGAGGCGGCGUGGGGGCAGCUGCGCUACUCGGUGCCCGAGGAGAUGCCCAAGGGCUCGUUCGUGGGCGACGUGGCCAAGGACUUGGGGCUGCAGCUGCCGGCUCUAAUCGAGCGCGGCAUCCACGUAACAGAAAGAGGUAGGACGCAGUAUUUCGCUCUGCACGGGAAGACGGGUCAUUUAGUGACGGCGGAGAGGAUCGACAGAGAGCAGCUAUGCGAGCGUGUGCAGCAAUGCGUGCUGCGCUGUGAGCUGAUCGUUGAGGGGGAAAUGCAGGUUUACGGAAUCGAAGUAGAAAUCACGGACAUAAAUGACAACCCUCCCAGCUUCCGAGAGGCAGAAACGGAGCUGAGAAUGAGCGAGAUGACAGGAUCGGGGGCGCGAUUUCCGCUACCUAGGCUCAUGACCCCAUUUCCCCUCCGAGAAGCACAAGACGCAGAUUUAGGACCGAAUUCCCUGCAGAGCUACGAGCUGAGCGGUGACGAGCACUUCUCGCUGGCCGUGCAGGCGGGCCCCGGCGGCGAUCAGCGUCCCGAGCUGGUGCUGGCGAAGGCGCUGGACCGGGAGGAGGCGGCGUUUCACGAGCUGGUGCUGAGGGCGAUGGACGGCGGCGAUCCGGCACGGACGGGCACGGCUCGGAUCCGAGUGACGGUGGUGGAUGCGAACGACAACGCGCCCGUGUUCAGCCAGGCGGAGUACACGGUGCGUGUGCCCGAGGACGUACCCGUUGGCUCCGUCCUUGUCACUGUAACCGCCACCGACGCUGACGAGGGGUCGAACGGACAAGUGAAAUAUUCUAUGAAGAAAGCGACACAUAUGGUAUCGGAUAUUUUUCAUCUGGAUACUGAAACUGGAGCUAUCAAGCUGUUGCGUAGCCUGGAUUUCGAGGAAGGCGAUUCAUAUGAAUUGGAAGUAGAGGCACAUGAUAGUGGAGCUCUUUUUGACACUGCAAAGGUAGCGAUCACAGUAACAGAUGUGAAUGACAAUGUGCCCGUACUGACAGUAUCGUCAAAGCUGAACGAGAUCCCGGAAGAUGCCCAGCCGGGAACUGUUGUGGCCCUGCUGCACGUGCAGGACCGGGACUCGGGGGCUAACGGCGAGGUGCGCUGCUCGCUUGACAAGGAUGUCCCAUUCAGGCUGGAGAAAUCCUAUAAAGACUAUUACCGUGUGGUGACAGCGAGAGAGCUGGACCGAGAGCAGGUGUCGGAGUACAACGUGACGGUGCGGGCGGCCGACGGCGGGUCGCCGGCGCUGCAGAGCAGCGCGGUGCUGGCGCUGCGCGUGCUGGACGUGAACGACAACGCGCCGGUGUUCGCGGAGGAGCGCUACAGCGCGCGGCUGGCGGAGAACAACGCGGCGGGCGCGCUGGUGCUGACGGUGCGCGCGACGGACGCGGACUGGGGGCAGAACGCGCGCGUGCGGUACCGGCUGUCGGAGGGGCGGGUGCGGGGCGCGCCGCUGUCGUCGUACGUGUCGGUGCAGGCGGAGACGGGCGCGCUGUACGCGCUGCGCUCCUUGGACUACGAGCAGGUGCGCGAGCUGCGGCUGUGGGUGCGUGCGGAGGACGGCGGCGCGCCGGCGCUGAGCAGCAACGUGUCGGUGCUGCUGCUGGUGGUGGACGAGAACGACAACGCGCCGCAGGUGCUGUACCCGCCGCCGGCCGCGCUGCGGGCGGGCUCGGGCUCGGGCUCGG